AAGUGCGUCACGGGUGACGCGGCAGCUCCAUCAUGGCGGCCCCGGAGGCCGCGGCCGCCGCCGCCCCCGGGCUGCUGGGCGUCCUGUGGCUCGUGUCCGUGACCGUGAGCGCGGGGCCGUGGGGGGCAGAGGCCGCCGCCGCGGGGGGCGACGAGACGGACAAGUGCGAGGACCUGAGAGUGGGACAAUAUUUUUGUAAAGAUCCUGAAAUAAAUGAGGCCACUCAGGAACCUGUUAACUGUACAAAUUACACAGCUCAUGCAUCAUGUUACCCAGCACCCAACAUAACUUGUAAGGAUUUUAGCGGCAACGAAACCCAUUUUACUGGAAAUGAAGUUGGUUUUUUCAAGACCAUACCUUGCCGUAAUGUAAACGGCUAUUCCUACCGCGUGGCAGUGGCGCUCUCUCUCUUCCUUGGCUGGUUGGGAGCAGACAGGUUUUACCUGGGAUACCCCGCUUUAGGUUUGCUAAAGUUUUGCACGGUGGGAUUUUGUGGAAUCGGCAGUCUGAUUGACUUCAUUCUCAUUUCAAUGCAGAUUGUCGGUCCUUCUGACGGCACCAGCUACAUUAUCGAUUAUUAUGGGACAAGACUCACAAGAUUGAGCAUCACCAAUGAGACGUUCAGAAAAACGCAGAAGUACCCCUAGACACUGAGGAGACGGCUCGAUGGUUUUGUGCCUCGUUGAUUUUAAGAGCGCUCCAGAACAUGCAUCCCAGGCUUUCUCAUCGUCCCUGUCCGCACAGCUCACUUCAUUUGCUUCCAUGUGAUUUUUACUGGAGAUUUUUUUAGAUGUUUUAUUCUGAGAUUUGGUUCACUCGAGACUUUCUCUGAGGCCUCUUGUCUCCCUUGGAGGGCUUUCUCACCCACCUGCCCGCCUUCCUGUCCCACCCCAAAUACCUUUUCCAUAGGCAAGUUGUGGCUUGUCAUUUUUCCUUCUUCAAAAUAAAGUAAUAGAAUAACUUC